AUGGGAAGAGGCAAAGCUGGUCGACAGCAGCAGGGCAGUUCAUGGCGAAACCAGCAAUGGGCUGGAGACAAUGGAUCAUAUGGCUGGCGGCAACAGCUGUCAUCCUCGGCGCAGGCAUGGGACAGAGAGUGGACUCAGCCGCGCAGAGCCAAGGACGAGGAGCCCUCCUUCCCAUCGUAUGCCAUGAUGGAGGCGGAGGACGACAGCGCGAAGCCGGGCCCUGCCCGAUCGGAGGAGCCACGUGGAGGCCAAAGGGUCGAGUUGGCAAAGGGCUACCAGAAGUUGGUAACCGUGGUCCGCAGAGCCGAGGUGAAGCUUCGCAAGGCGACCGAGGAGCGCGAGGCGGCCCAGGCCCGGUGGCACAAGUUCCAGGACAAGCUCCAACAAGCCUUUAUCAAAGAGCGUGGCCAGUUCAAGAAAGACAUGGCCCGCCUCGACGAGGAGAUCGAGCAGCAGCAAGCUCUACAGGCAGAUGCGCUACAGGAGCUGCAGACGGCGAUUGCCAACCCCGAGCUGCUGACCAAGGAGGCACCGAGCAAGGCCGUGAUCCCGGAGGAUGCCCUGGAGGAGUGGCAGAACCUCUUGGACAAGUGCGACGGCGAGCAGGACGAGGAGAUGGCAGAGGAUGCGGCGCGGCGUUUGGGCCGCCAGCUGCAGGAACUCCUGGGCCGGCACAUGUCUACACCGCCAAGGAGACAGACUACCAGCACACCGCGGACUCCGCCAUGCCCGACGACGAGCACGACACGGGGAGCCAUGAAGUCCCUGGAUCGGUUCAUGGACAAGGCCCUUGCGGUCGCCAAGCACCAGCAGGAGGCGGCGUACCUCGGCAUCACUGGUGCUUCGGUGACACAAGACCCUUAUGUCACGUCGCCAGGCACCAGCAACGGGACAGCGAUCAUGGAAGAGUCGACCCGGAGGGCGAGAGGCUCGACACCGCGCACCGGCAUCAAGAUGAAGAGCCGAGCCCCGCUGCCCAGUCCCAAGCCGGGCACAAACCUAGCGGAGAAGCUCGAACAGGCGAGAGCCAAGGCCUCCAUCGCGGAAGACGCGCAGCAGAUCUUCACCGACGACGAGGACGUGUCAGAGUCCGAGGUCUUGACCGAGCUCACCGCGCGCACACCCGCGGGCGAGAAGAAAGGAGGCGGAGGCAACGGGGAACGGACGCUCCCCCUUUAUGAACGGCGGCACUAUGGACCUCCCGGAGUGGAUGAUGCAGUGCCCUACAACACAGCAGGACUUUUUCGGUCCGUUCCUGCAGAUUUUGAUGUGGAUGCGGAUGGGGACAGGCCCGGCCGGGAACCUCAUCUGAGCAGCGGCGAGCCCAUAAUCUAUGACUUCAUGGACUGGUGGGCGAAAGUGAAUGAUCUCUACAGCGAUGCUGUGGAGGUGCAGGCCCUGACAUGGGCCCACAUAUGCAGAGGCGUCGGUGCCACUCUCCUGGCAGUCUGCCUCACAGCCCUGGUGCAGAUCUUGAUGGGUCAGAUGCUGCCUCAUGGACGGGCUGGACGGCUGGCUCAGCUUGGGGGAGCGCCGAGGUGCCUCUGCAAAGCCUUCAUGCUCUACAUGGUCGUGGGACAUGCUGGAGCAGUCAAGGAUCCUCCGCGGAUGACCACCAACAAGGGGAUCCCUCUACCGAGUGACUUGGAGACGUGGAUGGCCGGACAACAGACCCUCCGCGAACAGAUGGAAGCUGCAAUAGCCCGUUGGGCUGUGGAACGGCCGCUAGAACACAAUGCGGGUGUUGCGGCCACGGCAGCCUAUCAGGCCAGACCACCGGGCGACCACGUCGACGUGAUGCCGCCCACCAUGGACGAGCACACUAUACACGCGACAUUCUGGCUCGGAGCUGCCUUCUAUGAAACAGAAGUUAUUGACAUAGAAAUGCCCUUCCCAUUGGCAGUUGGGCAGAUCAAAGAAGCCUUAAAGGGCGCGGCGGCGGUGAUCCCGGAUCAGUUCGACGACAUCUACCCGACCACUCCGCAGCUCGACGGCUUCUAUGGCAGCUUCAUUGCACAGCCUUCCUGGCUGCGCAACACAGACCGGUUCGCCUUGGUCAUGGACACCAGACCGAUCGGUGGAACUGUGUUCGUGUGCUACCUGGAGGGGCGCAUCAACCGCGCCGGAGUGAUGCACCAAAUUCCCCAGUUCCUCGACCGGGAAGUUGACAUCUACACAUUUGGCGGCGACACGCCCCUACGACCGGGCAACAGCCGGCAGCCUAUCACCGGAGGGGUGAUCAGAGUGGUCCCCAGAGGGCAUCCGAACCAAUGGUCGGACAACAUUGAGCAGCGGCUGCUGCACCGACACCGCUGGAACCAGCACAUGGACCCCCCGACCUGCCUCGAGGAGCUGCACACAGUGUUCCAGUCUGCAGACGACCAGGUCAUUGAGGAGAUUGACGCUGAUGACAUCGAGCCCCUGGAAAUUGCUGCGGAGAACGCCCUGGAAUGGGAACAUGGCGAGACAUUGGUCUACCUCCCGGACAAAAGGGUAGAGAGGCUAGCCCACGGCGGCAGGCGAAUCUUCGAGCAGGUUGCUGUUAUGCCGGCAACAGCCAUGGAAGGAGAGGAGCCUUGUAUCGUCUUUGUGGAUCUACGCCCGCUCACGUACUUCCCCCAAUGGUUCCAGGCGGGCUCGGGGAUCUUUGACCCCAAGUCGAACAUCCAGGAUCUCCAGAUACCUGGUACAGAGGAGUGGACCCUGGCGAUACAAGGAGGGGAACCCCACCGGCGAGACCUACUACGGGUUCGGCACCAGGAGACGCUGACAAUGUGGUUCCACGAGUCCACAACUACAUCGUCCAGCUCCGACGAGGAGGACGGCGACUCCUCAGACGGCUGGGGAGACCCUGAACCCUGGUCGAGCGAACUCAGUGAGGGUGAUGAACCAGUGGUCCUGCAGCCGGGUGAUCCUCCAAGGGGCCCACCGCGCCCACUCCCAGUCAAUCGGAGCAGGUCACCGCGGCGACGUUCCCAGGCCCCUGACGGCGAGGCUGCAAAGUCCGUUGAACAUGCAACCACAGGAGCCUGCCCUAUCAAGCUCCGCGAACUGGUGGACCCGCCUUGCUAUGACAUGACCCAGAACUAUGUUGGAUUUCCACACAAAGCAGAGGAUAUCAGCAAGCUCCUGGCUGCGUGGCCCAUCAGUGAGGACCCCGCCAAUCUUGACGCGGUCACUUUCAAAGCAGAGACUGUGGAGGCUAUGAAGGCUUUCAUACCCCCUGCGGCGCUCUGGAGGAGUGUGCCAUCCGGAGGUGCUCCAGACUUACACAUCUACACAGAUGGCUCCUGGUGUGAAACAAAGAAACUCGGGGGCUACGCUGUGGUUGUAUUAUUGGUCACAGCCAGUGCCUCUGCUCUUUAUGAGACAAUUGGAGCACAAACGCAAGGGAACCCUGCAACGGCAUGGACCUUUGAGGCGACGCCGGCCCUCAAAAAUGAGCAGAUUGCCAUUGCCGCGGCAAUGCUAUGGCUGCUCCAGGGCUGCAACUAUGCACACUUCGGCCAGAUCAUUCUCUUCUUCGAUUGCUAUGCAGCUGGAUGGCCGGCCGAGGGUACCUGGAGCCCCGUCAACGGCUUCUCGGAGAAAACCCGCGUGCUGGAACAACUGCUAAGUCGGCUCCUGUCAGCACCUAUCCGGUUUGCACAUACCAAAGCCCAUGCAGGGAACCCUUUCAAUGAAAUGGUGGAUGUUCUUGCAAAACAAGCCGCGCAGGCGACCAUAUGCAUGAAGGAGCCACCGCCGGCUGCGAUUGAUGUCCUACAGCACUGCGACCUGAGCUGGCUCCCCCUUAUCUUCUCGGGGGAUACGCUGCCUAUCCAAGCAGGCCAAGGUUUUGCAUGGGCACAGGAAUACCAGUGGGACCACUCGACGCUAAAGCCUGAGCAGCUGAUCCCCACCAAGGGCAAUGGUACAGCAUCGGCGACUGAGAGGAUCGAGACUAAGAUCCUCAGUCUGAAUGCCCAGACACUCAGCGGCAAGAGCAGAUACUUUGAGGACCAGCUCGACCACCUCGGCUAUAACAUCGCUUGCUUCCAGGAAACCAGGGGUGCAGCUGGCCUCUGCUCCAGCAAGCGAUACCUCCGCCUGGCCACCGCCUCGGCCAAGCACUGGGGAACGGCAAUCUGGAUCAGCCGAACCAAGGGCAUCUGCAGUAGAAACGGCUGCCCAUGCAUUGUACAAGCAGAGGACAUACUGCUUGUACAUGAAGCGCCUAGACUCCUCAUACUAUCAGUCAAGGUCGCGGACCGGCAAGUGCUGCUUGUAUCGGGGCACUGCCCGCACUCGGCCCACCCGCGCGAGGCCAAAGAUUUCCUGGAUCGACUUCAGUCUCUGCUGCAGCCGUACCGUGAAACAGCGGUAAUCCUCAUGGGCAUUGAUCUCAACGGGAGGAUCCCAACGUGCCAUGAGGGAAUUACUGGAAGCCUACGGCAUGGUGAAGCCGAUGAUAAUGGACGUGGCAUGCUCUCUGUGGCAAAAGCCAUCAAUGUUUGGUUUCCCUCCACCUUCAGUGCUUUCCACCAGGGUACUACCACAACGUACCGACAGGCCAAUGGGGCCGACCACCGUAUUGACUACAUUGGCACGGGCGGAACCAUGGAGAUCAGUGAGAUAUGCAGCUGGGUGGAGGAGGACUUCGACGUGGCCAACCCCAACGAGGACCACUCCCCGGUUGCCAUCGACGUAACGGCCACUUGGACGACGAAGGGACACACCCGACGACUACACAGGCCCAAGUACGACACCGAAAAGAUGGUCACUGCGGAGGGCCGCAAGCUGAUCUCCGAUGCACUGCGGCAAUACAGCCCACCCGGAUGGCAUGUGCACCCUGACGACCACUGCCAACAUCUCCAAGAUUACCUGCACACCGUGAUGGCCAAGUAUUUUGCUGUCACUACGGAUGGCCCACGUGCCACCUACAUCAAUGACAGCAUCUGGGAGUUACGGCAGCAGAAGAUGGGCUUGAAGUACAAGGCCCGCCAUCGCCGCCAACUCUGGACGGCAUUGCUGGCAAGGGCUUUCCUUCAGUGGAAAACUGGCAAAGACUAUGGCGUUGCCCAGCUCCUUGCCAAGCAAGCCGUCCUCUACGACAUUGUGGCCGGAGCCGUUCGCUGGGCCACCAACAGGAUCAAGAAAGGCAUCUACGCGGCAAAGGCCCACUACCUCCAGGGCCUGGUCCACCAGGAAGGCGACAAGGCCUGUGACGUUCUCCGCCGAGCCAAGGCUGCGGGGGUCGGAGGCAGGCAAGCGCGGUGGGUGGCGAGGCCCCUCCCGGCGCUCAAGGCUGCUGACGGCAAGCCCGCGGAGUCCUGGAAGGAUAGAGACAAAAUUUGGCUGUCUCACUUUGGGCGACAGGAGAUGGGCUACGUGGUGGCUACUGCGCAGUACCUGAAGGAAGGCGGUCAACAAGUACUAUGCGAUGCAGAGAUCCCGUGGAGCACCGAGGAUCUCCCUACCCUGCAGGAGCUGGAGGAAGCAUUGCGGAGGGCCUCGCGGCGAAAAGCCGUAGGACUGGAUGGACUGCCGGGGGAAAUACUAGCUGCUGCCCCCCCGAAUAUGGCGGCGGCUGUAUAUCCUCUGGUCUUCAAAAGCAUGGCAGCACUUUGCCAGCCAGUGCAAUGGAGGGGGGGAAUCCUCCAAGAAUCCUGGAAGAGAGCGGGACCCUCGGACGACCCGCAGAACUACAGGUCACUGUUCAUCUCUUCACAGCUGGGAAAGUGCUAUCACCGGCUACUACGGCGGCGAGCAGCUCCACAUGUCAGUGCAGCCCUCCACGAGUUUCAUCUCGGCGCAAAACAGCGAGCCCCGGUCCUCUACCCGGCGCUGUACGUGCACGGUUUCCUACGGCGGGCGCAGCAGCUCCAGCACUCGUCUGCCAUCUUGUUUAUUGAUACCACAGCUGCUUAUUACAGAGUGAUUCGCGAGCUAUCGGUUGGACAAGUUGCCGACGACGGCGCCGUUGCACGGGUCUUUAAGUUCUUUGACCUAGCCCCUGAGGAUGUUCACGAGUUUGCAGCACUCAUCCGUGAGGGAGGCAUGAUGGGGGAUGCUGGGAUCCCGGUUUCGCUACGGCACAUGGCCAAGGACCUGUUGCAUCGUUCCUGGUUUAUCACCAGGCACGGUACGGACUCCCAGCUGUGCCGCACACAUGCUGGUUCCAGACCGGGUGAAACGUGGGCGGACAUUGUUUUCUCUUUUGUCCUUAGCAAGAUCCUGACCCAGAUCAUGGAAAUUGCCACGGCGGAGGAGCUACUCACAGAGCUGGAAGCAUGGCCAGAGCAGGGCCCCUUCGGUGGCAUGUCUACGACUGCGUCGCUGCCUGUUCAGCUGCUAGCCAAGGACUGCACCUGGGCCGAUGAUACAGCUGUGCCAUUGUCUGACGCCAGUCCUUCGGUGUUGGUUGCUAAAUCUCGUCGGCUUGCCUCAAUUGUGCUCGACUACUUCAUCAAACAUGGCAUGCAGCCAAACCUCAAGCCACGGAAAACGGCCUUCAUUAUGGCGGUGCGGGGCCGUGGAGCCAGAAAGGUCCGGCAGACAUGCUUCGAAGGAGGAUUGCGAGCACUUACAUUGAGCGACCUGGACCUCAAGGUCACUAUCGCGGGCCACUACAUACAUCUGGGUGGCCUGGUCAACCCGGAUAUGCGGCUCCAGCAAGAAGCCAGACGGCGCCUGAGCAUGGCAAAGGCGGCUUUCGACUCCGGCAAGGCCCUCCUCUUUGGGAACGAGACGAUCCCCCUCCGGACUCGAGCCUCGCUGUUCAGUACGUCGAUUACGGCGACUUUCUUCAACCUUGCCCUGUGGACGAGGGAGAAUACAGCGUGGGCUAUACUGGACGCGGGCUUCUCCCGGCUACUGCGAGGUCUCCUGGCCAAGCGUUACAAAGGAGACAUGCUCUACAAGGUUGCGACCCCUGCAGUGCACAUACUCACCGGUGUACCUACACUGGAGGCCCUGGCAAGAAAGGCGAGAAUCAGCCUACUCUGUAGUAUGGCACAGACGGCACCCCUUGCACUAUGGGCGGUGCUACAAGGGGAAACGGAAUGGCUUCGAGCGGUACGAGAAGAUCUGGCCUGGCUGACGUCCAGCGCAGGGUCAUGGCCGACUUGUGGCGCUGGCGAUUGGCACCGCUGGCAACAGCUCAUGCGUGAUUCUACGGCAUGGGUCAAGCGGCGCGUGCAUGCCCAGAUGGUGAAGGGCCAGGAUGAGAAGGCCCGCUGCGAGCUCGGCUACACGAGACUGGACAUGCAGGUGCACGGUCGCUGCGCAAAAUACCGCGCGGUGGUUGCUGGAACUUACUGUGGUGCCUGCGGCAAGGAGUUUUGGGCCCGCAACAAGCUGGCGAUCCACUUACGCGACAACCAACAGUGCACAAGGGUCCUACACCAAGAAGGCUACAGGGCCGCCAGCACAGCCCCCGGGCUGGGCAGCAGGGCAUGGCGCCAACAAGCGGAGGAGGACUUCACUCUGGCAGUAUCCCAACAAGUGCGAGACCCGCUGCCAGUCGAGGAGCACCAGGUGUGGGACACCACCAUGGAGCGAGCCUACGCGGAGCUAUGUGACUCACUGCAGACAGAAGGAUUGUCCACGUCGGUGGCUGACAUUGUCCUGCAGAUCCAGGCUGUCUUCGAGCGGUUCCCCCUCUACAUGUACGAGAUGGUGGAGAUUGCAAUGCUGACGGCCACGGAAGCCCGCGAGCUACGAAGUGCUGGAGUUGCGGACUACUGGAGUGACGAGGUCUAUCAGUCGCUCUGCGCAGCCCUGGAACACUUCGAGACACAUCCAUGGAAGGACAGCCCCAGUGAGAACGAGCCUGAGGUGACCACGCUCAGAACCUUCCUGCAGGAGAUCGGGAAUGUGGACUGGGCAGCUCUGUGCCCGUGCUCGAAAGACGUGACCCCUGAUGCUAGCCUUAGCCUGUCGGGCGACUGGGAA